AUGGUGAAGCAGACAGGAAGAUACGCUCUGUUUCAAGCGACACCGGAUUCCGAGUUCGUGAAGGAGAUGUACGGAGGUUACUUCAACGUAUUCGUCUCGGCUUUUGGAGACGAAGGAGAGCAAUGGGACCUUUUUCGUGUGAUCGACGGAGAGUUUCCCGAAGACGAAGAUCUUGAUACGUAUGACGGAUUCGUCAUUAGCGGGAGUUUGCAUGACGCUUUCGCAGAAGAGGAUUGGAUCAUCACGCUUUGCUCUGUUUGUCGAAAACUUGAUGCGAUGAAGAAGAAAAUACUUGGCAUAUGCUUUGGUCACCAGAUAAUAUGUAGAGUAAGAGGUGGGGAAGUGGGAAGGGCUCGUAGAGGACCAGACAUAGGCCUCAGUAACAUAACCAUCGUUCGAGAUAUGAUCGAACCGGGUGGUUACUUCGGUGAAGAAGUUCCCGAGUCUUUGACGAUCAUAAAAUGUCACCGAGACGAAGUACUUGAGCCUCCUGAAUCGGCCAAAGUCAUUGGAUUCUCGAGCAAGUACGACGUUGAGAUAUUCUCUGUGGAAGAUCACUUGCUUUGCAUUCAAGGCCAUCCCGAGUAUAACAAGGAGAUCCUCUUGGAGAUCAUCGAUCGUGUCAAAAAGAUCAAUUUCAUCGAGGAGGAACUUUUGGAGAAAGCAAAGGGUUCGAUAGAGAAGGUCGAACCAGACACGCAGCGUUUACACAUGCUUUGCAAGAAUUUUCUCAAAGGACGAACCAACUUUGUUUGA